AGCCUCUAAAGAGGACAGAGAUAUUCCUAUCAGUAAUAGUGAUGAUGAUUGAAGGAGCUUUGACAGGCUUGGAGACUAACUGGGGGACUUGGAGGGGUACUGUUCUCCUGAUUCCAGUGUCUCUUUUGAGAAAAGCUUUAUGGUGAAUUGUAAUGGCAUAUGUGUGUUCAUUGCUAAUAAAAGUGGAUUGUGUCUUCAUUAUAAGUGCAUAACAUUUUCUACCAAGAGGUGUUACCUAGCACAGAAAGAAAUAAUGACCUUACAGAACAGAAAUGAUCAGUUUGUAGUGUUAAUUAAAGGUGUUUUAUUAGUAAGAUUAGAGGAGAUGCAGGUUGGUCAACAUUUAAAUAAGUUGGUAAUGUCUGACAUAUUUUCACAAAAGCAGGUGGUGCAGCUGGUAGGACUGCUCUCUGCAUGUUCUCCCUGUACAUGUGUGGGCUCCCUUUGGGGUCGCCAGCUUGCUCCCACACAGUAAAAACAAGACUCUUGUCUCUAGGUGCGUGUUUCCGAGGCUGAAUGUCUCUGUGCUGUCCUGGAGUCCUGUUGAGGGCAGACUCCACCUCUCACCCAAUGACCGCUGGAGACAGACACAAGCAGAACGGCUGAAACUGAAACCGAGGUCUGGCUGCAGAAGAAAGACUUUGCUGUGAGGAUUAACAGCUGUGAGGAUUGGCUGUGACAAAACAGAGUCACAGAGGACAGCCAAGUUAGUCAGCUGAGCCUGACACCUCCACUGAUACUACACUUCCCAUCAUGCACUCUGUCAUAACUUUCUGUACCGCAUGAAAUGCAGUAGCCUUUCCUUCCUUCCUGGUUUUGAGAAACGAUUCUUAAGGUGGUCUGGAACAAGGACAGGACUGAGCGUGAGCAAGAAAGCAGCCAGUGUCUGGAGAGAGACUGAGAAACAUUCAGAACAUCUGGAGAACUGCUGAUCAAGUUCAAAGGACUGAACCAUGCAGAAACGAAAAAAUAGGAGAGAAUACACUGAACAUUUUGUUAAAUGGCGACACCUGAAGCUAACAGAACUGAAAUUGGAAGCUGAAAGGUUUGGUUUGGAAAACAGAUAUCUCUGGACUGAAAACAUCCCAGAAUAUCCCAAACCAGAGUUCCAUGUGAGUCUUCUGAAACAUGAAACUACAGGAUCAGGGCUUUUUGGGAUCAGGAGGGAUGGGGGCUUCAGGAAUCCAUAUGGAGGAUCUUGGAUAUGGUGGAGUCUGGCUGUGGGACCGGACCAGAUGAAGGACGCAGAGACGAGGCUCCUGGAGAAGACGUUCCCAGAACGGAUAGAGGGCAAAGAUCCUGAGCAGCAGAGCUUCCUGUGGAAGUUUGCCACAUCUCCAGCCUUCAAGGAGACGUCCCGGCUGGGCUGGUACCGCUUCACCUUCCCUCUGCAGGAGGUGCUGACGGCCUACAGAGACCAGUUCUGCUCCGGUUCUCAGCCCAUCAUGCGGGUCUACGAGACUGUCCUAUAUGGUCAAGAAGUGAUGCAUGUUGUUCUGGUCCACAGUCCAGCUAAGCAUAACUUCGCACACUACCCUUUGCUGAUUGAUGACCCAGAUGCUGUCUGUGUUUACAAAGACGGACAUUUUAUCUGGAGACCAGAGGCCAUGUGUGAGAAACACUGGUUGAAGCUGGUCUGCAGACCGGACAGCCAGCAGCUGGAGGCCUGUGGUGUAGCCGAGGCUCUCUCUUAUGUCUGGGACAAGGUUGCUGUUGCUCUGGAUGUUGGGAAGACACAGGUGCUGAAGUUUGAUGCUGAUCAACUACGAAACAACCUGAAGUACUGUCUCCUAGAUGACAUUAACUGCCUUCCAAAGGAUCACAUACCAGUCAGUUUUGAUUAUGCUAAAACGGUGGUGAAGAGGCUGUGGCCGGGCUGGAGCGGUCCUCUGGAGGAGGAGAGCUCACUGCGGCACAGUUUAUCAGUUUCAGGCCUGCGCCUGGUUCUGGUUGGGUGGGCUGGAGUUGGGAAGAGCUCUAGUGGGAACACCAUCCUGGGAAGAAACGCCUUCAGGACCAGUCCACCUUUUGGUAGAAGGCGCUGCUAUCUGCAGAGAGGCAACGUCUUCAGCAGGGAGGUGACCGUCAUCGACACUCCAGCCCUCCCAGAAACAUCCGACCCUGAGGUGAAGAAGGAGAUCUUCAGGUGUAUCAACCGGUCGACGCCGGCGCCCCACGCCAUCCUGCUAGUCGUCAGACUGGGGUUCCUCACUACGCAUGUAGAGGAAACAGUGAAGCAGGUGGAAAAGAUGUUUGGAGAAAAUGUGUGGAGGCGCACCAUGAUCCUGUUCACCCACCAGAACCAAGCAGAACCAGACAUCCAGAGGCAUCUGAAGGAGAAUGAAAACCAACUGACACUCCUGUUUGGGAAAGUAGGCAACAGAUUUCAGGUCCUCAACAACAACCCGCAUCACAGAGACGUUCAGCAGGUCUGGGAUCUGCUGUUUGAGGUGAGGGAGAUGCUGGUGAACAAUAAACUGGUGUAAACGGG